GUCUUUAUAUCAUCUUUACAAAACAAAAAGUACCACCUACCAAGAUCCUUCAACAGCUUCACACAAAACAUAGCAAACUGCAGGAGGCAAAAGAAGAAUGGAGACGAAAUCCCCAAUUCGUUGCAUCGUCAAACUCGGAGGUGCGGCGAUCACGUGCAAGAAUGAAUUCGAAAAGAUAAAUGAAGCCAAUCUUGUUACAGUUUCUUCACAGUUGCGAGAAGCGAUGAUGUUUGGAUCUUCAUCUGGAUCAGUACUCGAAAUGGAUUGGAGCAAACGACCCGGAGUUUCAGAAACUCCAAAAAAAGUUGAUGAUUUUAAGGAACAACAACAGGGUUUAGACUACAACAGUUUUGUUGUUAUUCAUGGAGCAGGUCGGUUAAGUAGUAUUUUUGCUGGUUCUUUUGGUCACUUUCAAGCUAGCAAAUCAGGUGUUCAUAAAGGGGGAUUGAAUCAGCCGCUUGUGAAAGCUGGUUUUGUUGCUACUCGUAUAUCUGUGACUUCCCUCAAUCUUGAAAUAGUUAGAGCACUUGCAAGAGAGGGUAUCCCAUCAGUUGCAAUGUCUCCGUUUUCGUGUGGAUGGUCAACCCGUGAUAGAAAUAUAGCUUCUGCUGAUGUGUCAACAGUGGUUGAAGCCCUUGACUCCGGUUUUGUUCCGGUUUUGCACGGUGAUGCGGUUCUUGAUGAGUCACUGGGAUGCACUAUUUUAAGUGGAGAUGUGAUCAUUAGUCAUCUAGCAGCACAUUUAAAGCCUCAAUUCGUAGUUUUCCUUACCGAUGUUUUUGGCGUAUAUGAUCGCCCUCCUACAGAACCGAAUGCUGUACUCCUCAGGGAGAUCGCCGUACGCGAAGAUGGGAAGUGGUCUGUAGUGAACCCAACAUUUCAAGACUCGGAUACGAAAGUGGAGACUAGUGUAGCAUCACACGAUACAACAGGAGGGAUGGAGACCAAAAUAUCAGAAGCUGCAACUAUCGCAAAACUUGGUAUUGACGUGUACAUAGUAAAGGCAGCAACUGAACACUCAUUGACCGCCUUAAGUGGUAAACUGAGAGAUAAGAUCCCUGAAGACUGGCUCGGAACAGUUAUACGCUAUGUUCCAUAAAACAUGUUUUGUUAUGUGUUCUGCAACUUCAUUCUUUUAGGCGGCUCUUUGUUGUUAUAACAUGCAAUUUGAGUUGUUCAGAAUCUUGAAAUAUUGUUAUAAUUUGCCGAAAUCGUCUGUUAUAGGACUCAUUUGAAAUUUAUGACUUAUCAUUUAUACAUUUUUUGUUUACAACU